AUCUUUCGCUUUUGAAAGAUGAGGCUAAAAUUAGUAUGGAAAGAAGAGAGAAAGAACUCCAUUUUCUUCAAGCACAACAAAUCUGACCUGAGAACCCAAACCCUAGCAUUAUUACACAGGGCAUCACAUAGAGAUAGAUAAGAGUAAAAAUCUAUGUACUUGAAAAAAGGGUAGACAUAGAGCAAAGAAAGUAAAACUAUUUUUGGGGAGAAAAUUUUGAUCUAAUUUUUACCUUAGCACCCAUGAUCAUUGAUCAGCACCCUCCCAAACCUGAGAGGGAAAUCCACAGAAACCGAGAUCCCCAGUGACCCAGUUCCCCAAACGCCGUGGAAACCCAAAAUCAGCCACACCCACUUCACCAAAUCCUUGUUUUGACAACUCCCACAAAACCACCGGCCAAGUUGAAAUAGAAAAAAACACAAACACAAACCCAAAACCGACAACAACAAUAACAAGAGUAUUAUGGGAGCUGAGAAGAAAUGGCUGUUCACCCUCUUCAUAGCCGCAUUGUUGUCGCUUCUCCUCCUAUUGUUGCUCACAUCCCUCUCCUCCUUUAGCUCCCCCAAGCCGUUCCCCUCCAUCGUCCACCACGGCGCGCACUACCCACCCGCCUUCGCCUACUACAUCUACGGCGGCCGCGGCGAUGCCGACCGGAUCCUACGCCUCCUGCUCGCGGUCUAUCACCCGCGCAAUCACUACCUCCUCCACCUCGCGGCGGAGGCCUCGGACGACGAGAGGCACCGCCUGGCCGCGUCGGUCAUGGCAGUGCCGGCGAUUCAGGCCUUCGGGAAUGUUGAUGUGAUGGGCAAGCCCGAUCGCCUUACCUAUAUGGGCUCCUCUAAUAUCGCCACCACGCUGCGCGCCGCGGCGAUACUGUUGAGAAUGGAUGGUGGGUGGAAUUGGUUUGUUACUUUGAGCGCGCUGGACUACCCCUUGCUCACUCAGGAUGACCUGUCCCACGUGUUCUCCUCUGUUGUCAGAGGCCUCAAUUUCAUUGAUCAUACCAGCGAACUUGGAUGGAAAGAAUCUCAAAGGGUUCAGCCUAUUGUAGUUGACCCGGCUACAUACUUAGCCAGGAGGAGUCAAAUUUUUCAUGCUACAGAAAAGCGGCAAACACCUGAUGCUUUCAAAGUAUUCACAGGUUCCCCAUGGGUCAUCCUGAGCCGGUCCUUUCUGGAAUUUUGUGUAGUUGGUUGGGAUAACCUGCCCCGAACCCUUCUGAUGUAUUUUACCAACGUAGUUUUGUCCCAAGAAGGAUAUUUUCACUCUGUCAUAUGCAACUCACCGGAGUUUAUGAACACGACUGUGAACAAUGAUUUGAGAUAUAUGAUCUGGGAUAAUCCCCCCAAGAUGGAACCCCACUUCCUCAAUAUCUCUGAUUUUGAUCAAAUGGUCCAAAGUGGAGCUGCUUUUGCAAGACAAUUCCGCAGAGAUGACCCUGUGCUGAACAUGGUUGAUGAAAAAAUUCUCAAGCGCAGGCGUGAUCGAGCUGCCCCAGGGGCAUGGUGCUCUGGGCGGAAAAGCUGGUUGACGGAUCCUUGUUCCCAAUGGGGUGAUGUCAAUGUCUUCAAGCCUGGGCCUCAAGCAAAGAAGUUUGAAGAGUCCAUGACGAGCCUUCUUGAUGACUGGAGUUCACAGUCGAACCAGUGCAAAUGAAGGUACUUGAGUUAAAGAGAGAGCUUUUGAGGUAAGGUGCAAUUUGUUUGCAUCUGAAUUCAUGACUGGUCUGAAGGACUGCCAUCAGUUGAGAUACAUUCUUUAGACACUGAGCCUUAUUUGUUGGAGGUUCUACGUCCACAGCCUUUACUAAUGUUUAUAACAGGGCAUAGAUGAAGGGAAGCAAGUGAAUUCACUUGAGGUUUUAGGCGGUAUUGUAGCUUGGGGGCGAUUAUUUAUUAUAGAGCCAUCAAGUCUUUCAAUCAAUGAGAGGAUCUCCCUCUUUGUGCUGCCAUUUGCAUUUUGUUGUAUGUUCUACCCGUCAUCACAUUGUAUUAGGCACUUUUUUGAAUGCUAGAAGUUCAUUCUUUAAAUUCCAA